CCGCAGGGAGGCGCCAGAACACACCGUCGGGGGACAAUGAGGACUACGUUUCCCAGCAUCCCGCGCGCCGGCACCCACUUCCGAAGCCUUGGGCAAGAUGGCUGCGCCCGAGGAGCACGGUUCUGCGACCGAAGGGCCCCAGCCGGCCGCGGAGGAGGAGGACACUAAGACGUUUAAAGACCUGGGUGUGACGGAUGUAUUGUGUGAAGCUUGUGACCAGUUGGGAUGGGCAAAACCCACCAAGAUCCAAGUUGAAGCUAUUCCUUUGGCCUUACAAGGCCAUGAUAUCAUUGGACUGGCAGAAACUGGUUCGGGAAAAACAGGGGCCUUUGCUUUGCCCAUUCUGAAUGCACUGCUGGAGACGCCCCAGCGUUUGUUUGCUCUAGUUCUCACCCCCACUCGAGAGUUGGCCUUUCAGAUCUCAGAGCAGUUUGAAGCCUUGGGGUCCUCCAUUGGUGUACAAUGUGCUGUGAUUGUAGGUGGAAUUGAUUCAAUGUCUCAAUCUCUGGCCCUGGCAAAAAAACCACAUAUAGUAAUAGCAACUCCUGGUCGACUGAUUGACCACUUGGAAAAUACAAAAGGUUUCAACUUAAGAGCUCUCAAAUACUUGGUCAUGGAUGAAGCAGACCGGAUAUUGAAUAUGGAUUUUGAGACAGAGGUUGACAAGAUCCUCAAAGUGAUUCCCCGAGAUCGGAAAACAUUCCUCUUCUCUGCUACCAUGACCAAGAAGGUGCAAAAACUUCAGCGAGCAGCUCUGAAGAAUCCUGUGAAAUGUGCUGUUUCCUCUAAAUACCAGACAGUUGAGAAAUUGCAGCAAUAUUAUGUUUUUAUUCCCUCUAAAUUCAAGGAUACCUACCUGGUUUAUAUUCUAAAUGAAUUGGCUGGAAACUCCUUUAUGAUAUUCUGCAGCACCUGUAACAAUACUCAGAGAACAGCUUUGUUACUCCGAAAUCUUGGAUUCACAGCCAUCCCGCUCCAUGGGCAAAUGAGUCAGAGCAAGCGCCUAGGAUCCCUUAAUAAGUUCAAGGCAAAGGCUCGUUCCAUUCUUCUGGCAACUGACGUUGCCAGCCGAGGGUUAGACAUACCUCAUGUAGAUGUAGUUGUCAACUUUGACAUUCCUACCCAUUCCAAGGAUUACAUCCAUCGAGUAGGUCGAACAGCGAGAGCUGGGCGCUCUGGAAAGUCUAUUACUUUUGUCACACAGUAUGAUGUAGAGCUCUUCCAGCGCAUAGAACACUUAAUUGGGAAGAAACUGCCUGUGUUCCCAACACAGGAUGAUGAGGUUAUGAUGCUGACAGAACGUGUGGCUGAAGCCCAAAGAUUUGCCCGAAUGGAGUUGAGAGAGCAUGGGGAAAAGAGGAAACGCUCACGAGAGGAUGCUGGGGACAGUGAUGAUAAAGAGGGUGCUAUUGGAGUCAGGAAUAAGGUGGCUGGAGGAAAAAUGAAGAAACGGAAGGGCCGUUAAUCGCUGUUCGAAAGACUUGAUCUCUGCUUUCUGUUCUGUAAAAGAGAAUUGAAGAAGAGAAUGAAACCACCUCCAGCAGAGAUCGUCAGACUGAAAUCUGGCUGCAUUAUGCCUAGAAUCUGCUCCGCGAACUCAAGUCUUCUGCCUGCUUUCUGUGUGUUGGGGCAUCGUUGCUGCAGAUUCAGUUUACAGUGGUGAUGUCAAGACUGUUCCUGUCCUUCCACUUUGGUUCCUUGCUCGUGAAAGGAGGGGAUGUACUCUUCUAUCAUUUCACACAGACCUUUUGCCUUUUGUAGCUGCAAGUCAAGGACUGGGUCAGUGAAGCCCAUGACCCAUAUGUAAUUGUAAAGGAAAGAGGCUCGGACAUCUAUGAUACUUAAGACAUCUUGACUUGUGCUUCAUUAGAGCUAAUGUGAAACAAUAAAAGUAUUAUUUUUAAAGAUUCAAAA